AUGGAAGAGGAUCUUGGGGUUGCAGAGAAGUUUGUCUCGAACAAAGAUGAUAAACCUAUUUCACAUAGGAAUCUCUGUGAAUCUGAACCUCCUGAUAUAGGUGAUUGGUUUUCGAGCUAUAUCUAUGAAUCACCGGUCCUGGAUACAAGUGAUUGUUUUGAGUUGUCGUCGAUUCCUGAGGAAAGGGAACGUGUCAAGGAGACGCAAACAGAAGAAGAGACAACAACUAUUACAGAUUUCACUCAAUCACAGUCUCUUCUUCUUUCGGAGCCUCCUCAUGUCAGAAACUGGUUUUCAAGCUAUGAGUAUCAGUCUCCUCAGCUUACAGAACUUGAUGAAUUAAUCAUUGACGAGAGUGACACAGAGGAAGAAAAUGCGUGUGGUAUUUUUCGAAAAACUAAGAGCAAGCAAGAGACUACUAUUGCUAAGGAGGUGUCCUCAGACAGUGCAUAUUCAGACCAAGAAAUGGAAAAGAAAAUAUCAUUUGGGUCGAUGAAACAAGAAUCAAGCUUCAAGCAGGAUCCAUUAUUCUGUGAACCAAGGUUCAACCCCAGAUACAAGCCAAAACAACAGUCACUCUCAACUCACGAAGCUUCUUUACAAGAGCUGGGACCAAAACAUAUCCAAGAAACCAAUCCCAGCAGACAAAAUUCUCCCAAGGCUUGUCUAGAAGAAAACUUGGAGUCAGUAGAGAAAGUUUCAGAUGACAAGGAAAAUGUUGAGGAAAAAAGCACUGGCAAUGGAUUUGUGACGAUGAAAAAGAAGACGAGAUUCAGAGAAUCAAGAGACUACCAGAUGAAACCAAAUAGAGGAGUUAUGGUGGAGGGUUGGAGAAGUAGAGAGUUAAAGAUGAUCGACAGAGAGGAAGAUGAAGAAAGAAAGAGGAAGAGAAGAGUUUUGGGGGAAAUGUCCAACCUCCAGUUCUCUGGAGCAGAGGAGAUUGCAGGGAAAUGGCGUUGCCCUCAGAAAAACAAAGUUAAAUCAGGUCCGCCAUUGAAGCAGCUUCGACUUGAUGCAUGGAUACAUAAAGUAUGA